AUACACCUUUAAUCUGAAGUGCUCAGUUAAGCUUUUAACUUGCAACAAGUAAAAGAACGAAUAUGAUUGCACUUCUUCAGUUGUGUAUUCUGGCUUUGGUGUCUUACUAUCAAAUAGUCGCUGCUGUUGAGGUGACAAUAAAUGGACGUGCUCAAUUCGAUCUUGCUGGUAGCGAAUUUGCUGAAUAUGUUGACCAACAAAUAGAACAGUUGAGACAAUUCAGAUAUGAAGGUUAUAUUGGCUGCUUUAUUGAUAAGCGCAGUAGACAUCUGAGGCAUCAUAAAGGUAACUUCAAAGACAUGAAUCUGGAGAAAUGUCGUGCAUUGUGUACAAACUUCGAAUAUUUAGGCUUACAAAAUAGUGACCAAUGCUUCUGUGGAAACAAACUAAAUGACAACAACUACCCAGGAGUUCCAGACACCCAAUGUUCUAAGAAAUGUAAAGGAGAAUCUACCAGGAUGUGUGGGGCUGGUUGGAGAAAUUCUAUCUACAGAGUUAAACCAUGAACAUGAUGAACUAUCUAUGAGACACAAGGAAGAUAUAUUAGCAUUUAUUUUGAACGUAUAUCGGAAAUAUAAAUUCUUUCAUUUUCAAAACGGGUAUAAAUGUGUCUCAAAAGUGUAUAUAUAUAUAUCUAGUAUCGUUUUAAGAACAAUGUUAAUGAAUGCCGGGAAAACAUGUUCAUAUCUGACCAUAUUUGUUAUGAAAUAAAACUUACUUUUCAUUA